AUGGCAUCGGAAUCAUCAUUAAGUGCACCACCCGCCACUCCCAAACCUUCCAUCACAGUUGAUCAAUCUCCCUCGACCAACUUCGACAUCGUCGCCUUCUACAAUGACCUUAUUCGCACCGACCCCACAAUCACGCCGCCCAUCGCGGCCAUUGAAUCACUCAUCUCCCUCCUAGCAACCACACCAUUAAACACCAUCUCCGAAACCCUCGCCCUCCUAUCCACACAAUCCAGCAAACUCCUCGCCUCCCAACACAACCCAAUUCCUGUAUCUGCCGGCACAGAACUCUUCCAGAGAUAUCUAGUUAGUUCGUUCCAACAACGGCCUUCCUCACUCGCCAACUCCGACUUCAGUGCCCUCCGCCACGCCAUCAUCACAAACUCCUCCCUUUUUGUCCGACGCGCGAACGAUGCCCGCCUGAAAAUCGCUCACCAUGCCCUUCCAUUUAUAAAGGAUGACUCCAUCGUCAUCACCUACGGCUAUAGUCGCGUGGUACAAGCCUUGCUCACCCAGGCCGCCAAGUCCAAUCGCUUUUUCAACGUCAUCUACAUCCUUCCUUCGACGGGUCUGUCAGACACGCUCUCAAAAUCCAUCUCAUCGCUCCGUAAACUCUCCAUCCCAACGACCACGAUCUCCUUACGAGCGCUGACGUAUGCAUUGGCAUCUCUAUCAGCGUCCUCUCCACCACCCCAAUUCAUCAUCGGCGCAACAGCCGUGUUGGAAAAUGGAUCCAUCAUCACUGAACUUGGCGCGCGUCAAAUCGGGCUGACGGCCAAAUCUGUCUCCAUCCCCUUAUAUGUUGCUGUGGAAUCGUACAAGUUCGUCCGUAACUUCCCUCUAGGUUACGGUCCCGGAGAUCUGGCGCGUAUGGGCGUGAAACAAGACAUUUUGCGAUUCAGCACCAACCCUAGCUCUCCGGAGUCAGAAACCAUGGACGGGAAACAACUCGCGGCCGAAGGCGAGAUGGUCGAAAUUUCGCCUCCGGACUUGGUUUCGGCUCUUAUUACUGAGAAUGGGAUCAUGAGUCCCAACGCCGUGAGUGAAGAGUUGAUUAAAUUAUGGUUCUAA